CUGUGUGUGUGUGUGUGUGUCCGGAGCAGUGGGAGGAGUUUGGACCGGAGCUCCAGCUCCGGUCCUCGAGACCCCGCGGGGACUUGGCGGAAGUUGAGGGCGACUCUUGGCUCCGCCCGGGUUCGGGUCCGGUGAAGGCUGAGCCCUCAGCUCUCUGACUUUUCUUGAAAACAGCUGCCUGGGUCGGUUCCGCUUUCGUGUGAGUCACAGCCCUCUUCCUCUUCAGAACCGGGCCGCGGGUCCCGGCUCCGCCCAGCUCAGGGCGUGUCUGGGCGGAUGACGGUUACCUGCGAUCAGGUUCGUCCUCUCAGAUGAAGCCUCCUGGAUCUGGUUCCUCGGUCCCGGCUCGGCACACGGACCGUGAUGACACAGCGGUCUGACCAUUUGGACCAGCACCGCACUCCCUAAGCAGCACAGCGGCGGCGGCGGGUCGCCAUGGCGCUGUCCCAGAUCCAGUGUCUGGACGAGCACCACGUCAACUGGCGGGUCAGCGAGAGCAAGCCCGAGUUCUUCUACAGCGAGGAGCAGCGCCUGGCUCUGGAGGCGCUCAUCACCGAGGGCCAGGACGCCUUCGCGGACUAUAUCCAGGAGAACAAGGUCCGCGGAUUCCUCUCGGAACCGGAGCUCGAGAGGAUCGCCGAGAACGCGGAGUUGUACCGGCCCGGUCACGAGUUCCACCAGCGGCCCGAGACCCCGGGCCCGGGCAACCUGACCCCGGGGUCCGGGGAGGAGGCGGCGGGAGACGGGGAGGUGUCGCUGCAGUACUGGCCGGACCGGUCCGAGGGCUCGGUGGCCGAACUGGACAUCGGCUGGCCCGAGGCCAUCUCCUACCGAGGGGUGACGCGGGUCACCGUCUACACCCAGCCCCCGACCGAGGGACACGCUCACAUCAAGGAGGUGGUCCGGAAGAGCAUCGCGUCGGCCCAGAAGGUGAUCGCCGUGGUGAUGGACGCCUUCACGGAUGUGGACAUCUUUCGGGACCUGCUGGACGCCGCCUACCGCCGCAGGGUUCCGGUCUACAUCAUCCUGGACACGGCAGCGGUGCCCUGCUUCCUCUCCAUGUGUGGCCGAGCAGAUAUGCACCGCGGACACCUGAAGAACCUGCGAGUGCGCUGCUGCGGCGGCGUGGAGUUCCUGACCCGCUCGGCCCAGAAGGUGCGGGGCUCUCUGAGCGAGAAGUUCCUGCUGGUGGACGGAGACCGGGCCAUCUCUGGCUCCUACAGCUUCACCUGGUCGUCCUCCCGUCUGGACCGGAACCUCAUCACGGUCAUCACGGGUCAGGCGGUGGAGACCUUUGACCUGCAGUUUCGGGAGCUCUUCCUCCUGUCCAGGGGCGUCUCGCUCAGCAAGGUGCCAAUGCAGGAGGAGCCGGUCCGUGAACCCGUUCCACAGGCGGCUCCGGCGCCGCUGCCGGCCGCCAUUGCUCGGAAGCUGGUCAACCCCAAGUACGCCUUGGUGGCCACGGGGACCCCCGGCAGCCCGGCGCCGUCGGACCAGAACUCCAGCAACAAGAACUCCCAGGUGGCCCCGGGGCCCAAGCUGAAGAAGGGCCGGCUGAGGGAGGCGUUGGAGGAGCCGCCGCUCCACCCCGGGCUGGCUCACCUGGAGAAGGCCUACCUGAUCCCCUACCUGCCCACCUGGCCCGAGCCGGACCCGCCCAGCGACGUGAUCGGCUUCAUCAACAUCAUGGAUGAGAAGAGGUCCAACAAGGUGCACCUGCAGAGGUCGGAGCGCUUCGAGGUCAGCCAAGCCAUCCGCUUCAGCUCGCCGCUCAAGGACUCGCAAGCUCCGGCGGCGGAGCCCGGCUCGCCGGCGCCGCCUCGUCCGGCCCCGGCCCACCAUGACGCCACAGACGCGCCUGCCUCCAGCAGCCAGACUCCAGCGCCCCCACCCGAGCCCACCGAGACCGCAGCUCCUCCCACCACAGACCAGGCAGGGGCGGAGGCGGCCGCUCCGCCGGUUCCCAAGCGCCGGACUCUGCACUUGGUCAUCGAUCAGAACCCCAUCCAGCAGCCCGUGGUCACGCUGGUGAAGGUCAACCCAGAGGAAGCCUCCGGAGAAGAGAUCACGCUGACGCGCGGCCGCCUGACCUCCACGGUGGACGGCGAGGACUCGGGCAGCAACGGCGAGGGAAGCCAGGACAGCACCAAGGUCAUCUGCGACAAGGCGGCUGACCAGCACCCGUCCAGCGCCUCCACUGUGUCAGAGGAGGAGUUCUACGACUGUUCGCAGCAUCAGCCGGGCGACCCGCUGACCAACGGGGUGACCGUGGGCUCGGGUCAGGGGGCCCGGCACGGGGACGGUUUCAACAUGAUGGCCCGGAUGUCUCAGAGCAUGCUGGACCUGCGGGAGCCCAGUCAGUCCGACGACAGCGCCGCGCUGCUGCGCCAGUCGCGGCAGCUUCGCCACAGGGGGCACCCGUCUCCCCACCGGCACAUUGGUCAGCUCUUCCGGCUCUCCAGAUCUCCUGCCCGGGACUCUCCUGGACCCAAAGUGGUUCUGGCCAAACCCGGAAGCUUCCACCGGCCUUCCCGAGCCUCCGGCCCUGUGAUCGGAGGUCACCGCUACUGGCAGAGCCAGACGCUCCAGCCGGACUCGCCCGGCGUGCCAUCGGCGAGGUCGCCGCGGCGACACAGUCCCGGCUACCGGAAGGGGGACCCGGCCCAGCCUGCGCUGGCCGGACCGCUCGGCGUGCCUUUCUCCAAACUCAGCAACUUCCGACACUUGCGUGGCCGCGGCGGCGCGUCGCAGAAGAAAGUGAGUCAGAGCAACAAGGCGGUGCGGUAGACGCACCAGAU